GAUUAGACCACCACUAAACCUUUAUUAAUUUCCACUAACUAAUUAUUAGUUUUUGUCAAAAAGAGAGUCCAAAAUGAAUUCCACAUUUCCACUUCAAGAAAAAAGGGUUGAUUAUGGCUGCCAAACCAACCACACGCAUAGAGUGUGUUGUUGUUCUACCUAACACGUCUCAACGACCACUAAUCCCUGCGAAAGAAAGAACCUUUCAGCUCACCCACAAAAUUUGGUAGAUUGUUUCGUCUUUUUGCGUUUUAAUUUCCCCAAAAUUGUUCUUCAAUCGCCUCCCCUUUCUUUUUCCUCAUUUGGGUUUUUUCCGGGUUGAAUAAUGGAGGCCCAGCUUUUGCGAGCCGCCUCUUCGUCAUUUCUCGCCCCCCGCAGUCCCGGAAUCUCGAGGCCCAGUUGGAUUUCCGACCGUCAAACGGGGCAUAAGAAGUUCAGCCGCCGUCUCAAGGUUUUCCAGAAGAUUUCUGGCGAUGGGGUCCCGGCGGCUCGUGCCUCCACGGCCACUAUUGGAGUCGUGUCGAAAAAUCGGGUAGACGAGACCCAGAGCUACACACUUGACGGCAUACGAAACUCCUUAAUAAGGCAAGAAGAUAGCAUAAUAUUCAGUCUAGUUGAAAGGGCUCAAUUUUGCUAUAAUGAGGAGACAUAUGAUCCCAAUGCCUUUGCCAUGGAUGGUUUUCACGGCUCAUUAGUCGAGUACAUGGUCAAAGAAACCGAGAAGCUACAUAGCAAGGUUGGAAGAUACAACAGCCCGGACGAACAUCCUUUCUUCCCGAAUGAUGUGCACGAGCCUAUGCUUCCACCAUUGCAAUAUCCACGGGUUCUGCAUCCCUCGUCAGACUCGAUAAAUAUAAACUGCCAAGUGUGGGAUAUGUACUUCAAGAAUCUGCUCCCCCGUUUAGUGAAACAAGGGCACGACGGUAAUUAUGGAUCAACUGCAAGUUGCGACACGAUUUGCCUGCAGGUUCUGUCAAAAAGAAUUCACUAUGGUAAAUUUGUAGCCGAAGCGAAAUUCAGAGGCUCGCCAGAGGUCUAUAAACCUGCUAUCGAAGCACAAGAUAGGGCUCAACUAAUGGAUCUGCUGACAUAUCCAGAAGUUGAAGAGGCGAUAAAAAAACGGGUGGAGAUGAAAACUCGAACAUAUGGGCAAGAAGUAACUGUGGUUGGAUGUGGAGAAAACCUGAGUCCAGUUUACAAGAUAAACCCGAGCCUUGUUGCCAAUCUGUACGGUGACUGGAUUAUGCCGCUCACGAAGCAAGUUCAAGUCGAGUACUUAUUGAGAAGGCUUGAUUGAUUAAAGAUUUAAAGAGAUUUGCCUGCAUCUGUUUAUUAUUAUUAUUAUUAUUGCUAAAGAUUGCUUGUUAAGUGUUCUUGAAUCACUGUUAUCACAGUUAAUUCUCCUGUCUAUACAUAUGUAAGGUAUACUUGAAAUGUGUUUUAUUAUGAUAAUGAGUGAAUAUAUCUUGUUUUGGGAUUGAAGGACUUUGAAUGUCUUAUAUGGAUGGAGGCUAUGUAGUAAACUGUUUUGUAGUUCAAGUUUUUUACUGG